CGUGAAGUGUUGCCGGUCAGUUUUUGCUUUUGAAAUGAGUAGGCUGAAAGCUGCACGACUUAAGUCGGUGACGAGGGGCGCAGUGAAGACUUAAGAGCUAUCUGUGGGUAUAUCAGUAUCUCUGAAACCUUCACGAUCACAUCACCUCAGAUCAUCAUCUUCGAAAGCAGGCCAAGCCACCAAACACUCGAAUUACCCAGACUCAGUCUUUAUCCCUCACCAUGCGUGCCUCGAUCGUUGCCCUCGGCCUUCUAGUUGUCUCCACCAUGGCAGACAAGCUAGCCUUUCAAAACAUCAGCUUCGGUGUCAUGUUGAAACGUGGAGACAUGAUCCUCAAGCGUCAAGGUUACACUCCAGAGACAGAAACAUGUGGCAGAGCCGAGACAUGCGAGGAGGCGUGUGGAGCCAACAGUGUCGAGUGUUCCUCGACUGAUACCUCCACACUCUACUGUCACCUUUCCAAUGACGGCUCAAAAUGCUGUCCUGACGACUCCGGCAAUUCCUGCGAGGCUGGAUACUAUUGUACUUCUGACAGCGCCGGCGAUACUUACUGCUGCCCUGACGGCUCGGAUACUGCCAGCUGCGCCCAACAAUACUCCCUCUCCGUUUCCCUCAUCCGCCAGACUGCAACCCCUAUUCCUUCCGCCAUUCCUCUCGGUAGCACAGUAUCCGUCGAGACCCCAGUGUCCACUUCUGCCCUGCACGUCUCCAUUGCGGGCUCGACCUCGGCCCGCACAAUUGCAGCUAGCACUACAAGUAGGACGGACACAGCGGCAACAUCAGCACCAUCGCAUUCUAACGGAGGUGCCAGAAAGACCAUGGGUGCGGGUGCUGCUGUCUUGGCUGGCGCUCUGGGCUUCGCGGGACUUCUCUAAUUGGGCAUGAGUCAGCGUACUCAGCAUGAUAGUGCCGGUGAUAAUAUGUGUGACGGAACUAUAAUACCAUAAAUCACGAAGAAGAAUUACAAGUUGUACAGCAGUGCCCACGGAAUCAGCAUAGGUGCUAUGCUUAUCUUCAAUUAGAUCAAGGUAUGAUGAAUGUAGGCUAAAACGUCUAGGGUAUCUCCGCAUCUCGUACUCAAUACAGACAAGUUCACUUUGGUACCUUCCUGAACACAUGCCUCUCCCAGCCAUCAAUAUCAUCAACAACAACCUCACGGUGGAGUGUGUAGUUUCCAAGCUUG